AUGGCGGGUCAGCCCAUUCUUCCUCUUUCGGCAACUCCGGCGCAAUCAGCGAAGCCUCCAACAACGGGGAAAAUUGAAGAUUUCAGGCCAGGCUAUCCGAGAUUCACGGCCCUUAUCGCAUCACAUAGCCCUUUUUUUAUUUUUAGACGCUUCAAGAGACUCAGAGCACGACUGCUGCUACUAAAACAAGACCAGCUAUCAAUUCUAGAGAGCGAACUCGACCAGAUAGACCAACAGGAAAAGGCACCCAUUUUUCUCGGAAAAAGCCGCAUCGAUAGAAAUGCUGAAAGGUUAUCAGUCUUAUCGAGGAUAGAGUCUGCACUGGUUGAUUAUGACAGCUUUAUAGAUAAAGCCAAUCUAGCGCUCACUCUCAGCGACGCAGAAUCAAGAGAUGUGCAAAGCCUUAGGAACUGGGUUGAUGGGAACGGGUGUCUGGCUGGGAAUGAGACAUCUUACCUCGAGCACGAUCGCGACCUUGUCUCGUUACUCCCAACGCUUGAUAACGCAGUCAAGAGGUUUGAGAGUUGGAUAGAAGAGCGUCUUGUACAGUUUCUACCCAAAUUUCGAGAAAGCAACCGAUAUGUUUCAUCAGACCCAAACGUCCAUAUAUACAACGGUCCGUUUGUCAGCCGUGUUGCCAAAGGACUAUUAAUAUGCUUAGUCACUUUGCUUCUACUACUGCCAAUUGUUGUUUGCAACGUCGUGUCGACAGCAGCGGUUCGUAUUUUUAUUGUCAUGUUGUCGACUAUCGUGUACCUUUUAGUAUUAUCCGGGUUGACGCGGGCGAAAACGACUGAACUUGUAGUAGCUGGGACAACCUAUGCCACAGUUCUCAUUGUAUUUGUUUCGGGCACUAGUGAUAAAGUAACUUGA